AUGUUAAACAGAGAUAAACUGAAAGCAACCGCUGCAGCCAUGGAGAUGGACCCUGAUGCUGCUAAAGAGCUUUCAAUGAAACAAGAGUUCAAGAGAGCAGAGGAGCGCAUGGGUCUGGUACACAAGAACAACUCGAAAUGGGCUAAAUGCAUUCUGAAGCGCAGUUUAGAUGUCCAGGAUGAAGGGACUCGAGCUGCUAUAUCUGAACAACUUUAUCAGCAUGCCAUUUUGACUAGGAAAAUAAAUUCUCUGAAGGAUAGCAGUGACGAGGACGAGUCUGAUAUUGAUUUGGGCCCAGAUGAUCCAUCGGCAUUGUUAAAAACAGCCAAGGAGAAAACUCUUGAAGCAAUGGAAGAGGAUGAAGGGUUGCCGAAUUCAGGAGUUGCAUCUUUGCCUUUCAUGAGUUUUGAGGAUAUUGUUAAGAAACUAGGCCCCAAAACCACACAUGAAGUUGCUAUUUUUGCAUCACAAUUCAUGGCAAAAGAAGAAAAAGUUGCCAGAAGGCUCAAAUCAGCAGUCCCACCUACGCAGCCAAGAUAUGGAGACGACGGGGAUAGUGACUCAGGCAGUGAGGGACAGAUAGUGGAUGGGAUUUUGUCUUCUGGUCCCCGUUCCACGUAUGAACUUCCAUCCCAAGAAGAACUUAUUCAGCGGGCGUUUGCCAGUGAUGUUGAGGAGGAAUUUGAAAAAGAUAACGAAGAGGUUCUGAAUGAAGAAAAUCCUGAACCAGAGAAACCAUCUCUACUUCCAGGGUGGGGCAGUAAAACUUUUGCAAGGACAUUACCAUUCCCAUUCACAUCCAAAGAAGUUUUUGAACAGAGCAUCUGGAUGCCCAUUGGCCUAGAAUUUAAUCCUACUACAGCGAUUGGAGCGCUGAUACGUCCAGAAGUGGUAAAGAAAUCUGGUGUGAUUAUAAAGCCAAUUAAGCAAAAGGAUAUCAAUCCCCAUGAAAGGUCGGAGGACAGAGGAAAAAGAAAACACAAACCACCGAAGAGCAAAACUAGAAGCAAUUCCACCAUUUCUUGGAAGUCAAAGUAA